AUGGCUGCCAGUCGAAGAUAUCAAACUGUUAUGAUUAUCGACCCUUGGGAGUACCGGGGCUUCUGUUUUCGCGGAGAAGGUCGACGGAAUCUGGUGGUCAGCGCCAAACACGAGAAGGAGGAUUUGAGGUGAGUUUUUGCUCAAUUUUAUGAGGAAACAAAAUGUGAGGAUUAAGCUUUCACAGUUAAAUGUACAACUAUAUUUUCCUUCAGGAUUGUAUGGAGAUUAACCAAAGACAAACGGGCUCGAAUUGUGGCCUUCAAUUCGAACAGCGAGUUGUUGAUAAAGUACAUCAGAAGCUACGUUCUCCCUCUGGUGAAUCCCCAUUUCUUCAACGAACCCCGACUGGUGAAUAUGCAUUUCAAUGAUCUGAUUCACAUCUCCAAGGUAAAGUUUGGUCCUUGUUUUUGUGAUUCAAAUUUUCAAGGGUUUAAUAAUGUAUUUUAGAUCCCUUUGUUGCCCCACAAUCAGAAGGUGGAUUCCUUUUCCGAACUCUGUGACAACAUCCGAUUCCCUUUAUCCCUCUUUCCUCUUGAUUACCGUUCUCGAUCUGAAUUCGGUAUUUUCUUUGAGGAUUGGAGUCUGGAGAAUGUUCUUCCGUCUUUGGAGAUGAACCCAUUUGUUUCAGUACUCCAAAUGCCUGAUGCCACACGAAUGCCCAAGAAGAUAUUUAGUAAUCUGGUAAUGUAUGGGCCAACUCUUACUGUGGAGAUCAAACCGAAGCAAGGAUUCUAUCAGAAACAUCAUGGAGUCAAUCUCCCCUUUUGCAAUAACUGUAUUUUGCAGGUAAGAUGCAUAUACUUUGAUUUUAACAUGAUGUAAAUUGUAAUUUUUUUUAGUUGGAGAAGACGCAAUCCAAAGAAUUUUGCCGGAUGUAUGAUUUCUGUCCCCUAGAACUUUACAGUGGGGAAUUUCCUCGAAUGAUGGACGCUCUCAUUUCCCUGUUUAAGAACCCCCACAGAAAUCUGCGUCUUUUCCGGGACGGGGAUUGUGUUUAUGAUGAUCAAUCCGAUUUCUCCGAUCUCCGUCGUCUCGACAAUCAGAUAUUUCCAGGACAAAACAAUUCCAUUAACCUUCUAUUGUCCUUGGUAAGCAAUUUCGCCCUGAUUGUUAUGUAGUAUUUGCAGUUGUGUUAUGCGUUGGCUGGUGUCCGAGCUUCGGAUGAGCCAUUUUAUUUGCACGAAAACUCCAUUCUGGCCACUUUAUUAAAGGCCCAAAGAGUAGAUUCGAUCGGAAUUGUGAAAGCAAAAGAAAUCUAUGAUCGACAGCCACAGGAAGUAAAAGUAAGGGAAUUUUGACGAACUAGUCAUCUCCGAGUAUUUUUUUAUUAAACGAUUAAUUUGCAGGAACAGUUAAUGGACGAAAGUAACUUACUCCAGAAGGACGGGGCCAAAUUGUUUACAUCAAACGACGAACGUUCGCUUCUAGAACGAUACUUUGUGGCCGCCACGAUGAAAGACUGUAGUUUAAUGAUCAAUUGUCGCUUGGUCAGAGGGCCGACAGUAUUCACGGAUGAGAGCCCAAGCAGUCGUCUGAUCCGCAUUGAGACUAAUGCGGAUCCCCUUUACUUUGCUGUCCAUGUUCAAGUUGUAGAUCUUGAUCCAAAGCUUCCUCGGAAUCUUCUUAAUGCACAUCAACGAUUUAUGAAUGGAGUCCAGAUCAUAAACAACACUCCCGGUAUUCACAAGCCUUGUCAUAUCCACUAA